AGUCCCCGCUGCUGCCUGUCUGAGUCACAGACCUCAGUGAGGAUGCUCUUGCCCUCCCGAGAGGUAUGGGAGGGUGGCUGCAGGCACACACAGUCCACGCGUUGUAUGGAACGGGGACCAGGGACAAACCAGAAGUGCUUGAAACCCAGCCUGCUUGUAACAGGCAGAGGCUCAAGGGUGUCAGAGCAGGAACAGAUGACCCAGCGGGUCAGCAGGGCCACCCUAAUCCCACCAGCAUCAUUCCCUGCUGAAAGCCACCCUGCUCCAGAAGACCUGGGCUAGACACAGCGGGAGCUGAGUCACGCGCAGGUGGGGAACCAGUGCUGGGCGCUGGCUCCAGUGUGAGGUAAGGCCGGAGCCUGUGAUGCUGGUUCUAGAAUGGGGCAAGCCUGUCCAACACUGGCCAUGUCUUAUCCAGUGAAGGAAAUAGUGGCGCUGGGUUUUUUAGCUCCCAGUCAAGGAGAUGCCAGCAGACAGCUCCAUGUGGUGCAGGGCAACCUCAGCGUCUACCAGGCAGGGGAGGUGCCCUCGGCUGCCGGGGUUUUGGUUCCAGGCCUGCUCAGGAGCAACACAGAGACGAAUGCAGGCCCUCCACAGCAAGAAGCUGCCCUGCUGUACCAGAAGACACCCACACAGCCUCUCAGGGGGGCCCACACAACUCCAUGCCUCCUUAUCCACAGCAGGGUAGGCUAUGGGUGGGAGCCAUACAGGGGGCAGUACUUUGGGAGGCUUGCCCAGCAUGAAAUCCCUGUGUGGGAUUACCCCUUUGAACUGGCCAGAGAGAAGCAGCCCUGUGGCCCUGUGGGCAUGUUUCAGACUGCCCCUCCACAUAGGUAUCCCCCUGCCCAGCAGAGGAACAGGUGGUGUGCUGCUGAGCAGGGCAGCCCGGCAGGGGGCUUCCCACUGGCUGGGCUUCCUCCUCCCAGAGGUGCUUUCCUGCUGCCCAUGAAGGCAAGUAACAGAGCAGGAGAGUCAGCACCAACCUUGCCCCCUGACAACUGCAUCCUCACUCUUGCCAUGAUGAUCGCGGGCAUCCCCACAGUGCCCGUGCCAGGGGUCAGAGAGGAUGACAUGAUCCAAGCUGCACAGAGCUUCAUGGCAGAAAAUCCAGAGCAGGGGGCAGCUGGGGAGGUUGCUCUGAAGAGGAGGGGAGACCUGCAGCUCUGCAAGAGAGACUGACCGAGAAAGAGGCCAGUCAACAGCGGCUGGCGGAGCCCACCUCCAGCUCUUGCUGCGCAGCCUGGGAAGUGA